AUGGAGGAGAUUUUGGCUAAAGCUGGUAGUCAAGCAGUUACGUUUGCAAUUAGAUCAGGUAUUUCUUUGGCAUCUGGAUUUGCUAUUAAAAGAGUAAGCAAGUUCUUAGAUAAGAUACCAGAAAACGAGAAGAGGAAAAUCACUGUACUUAAGAACAAGAUACAGACAAAAAUAGAUAUCUUAUCUAUAUCUAUUGAUUUAAUAAAGUUAGCAAGUGCUAGAGGUAACACUUCGUUGGAAGCAACCAGUAUUUAUAUUGAUGAAUUGACCAAAGAAUUUGAUGUAUUCGAUGAGACAUUAGUGAAAAUCACGAAUGAUCUCACGAAUGUGAAUGAAAAAGAAUCCAUAAUGAGAGUUAAUGUCUAUAUGAAAGAGUUGUUGGAAAAGAUAGAUGAAGCUAUACCUUUGUUGAAUUUGUCAUUGAGCACUUGUGGGGUUAACUUAAACGGCAACUUACCUGAUCAUAUUUCACCCGGAAGGUUAUUACAAGCAUCUGAUUUAAUAAACAAGUCAAAUAUCCAAUUCAAACAAGAGCCUAUACAAGUAGGGCCAAAAUUUGAUUUAGUGUUGUAUUCAAUUUUUUAUAACCCUAGUAGGUUAAAAUAUAUUGAGAAGAAUGAACAAACAAGUGAAUUGUCGAGUAUAUCUUGGAAAGAAGAGUUUGCAAGAUGUCUGGGACGCAUUAUGAGAAAUUUCGACAAAGAAAAUGAAUAUACAUAUAGCUUAGAAUUUGAAGAAGACUUUAACGAUGGAAGAUAUCACGAAGACACGAAAGCACAAGUGAGAAAGUAUAAUAUCAAACAAUUGAGAAGGUUGUUCUUUAGUGCAUCGGGGAAGCUACUUAGAUUAGAAAGCAGGAGUUCUCCUGUUUUGAUAUUGAAGCUUAUGGAUGAGCAAGAUAAUGAGGAAUGGAUCGCAUUAGGUGAAGUGAAAUCCGGUGAAUUUGACAGUGACGACGAUGAAGAAGAUGAUGAAGAUGAUGAUGAAGAUGAAUUCCAUGAUUCAAGGGACAUUGCUGAAGAAGCUAAAAACACAUCAUUGUCGUUAUUGGAGUACUUGGUACGGUUGAGUAUUUUGCAGCAAAAUGACCAAAAAUCCAUAUUGGAAGUUCAUGAUGAAAGAUUGUCAUUAUACUUAAGGGAUGAAAAUUCAAAUUCAAUUUAUAAUCCAAUAGUCCCUGCAAGCAAAAGGCUGCAAAUCAAACAAAUAUCUGAUAAUGAGAAAACCGAAGGCUUGCUUACUAUGAACUCGAACAUAAACAGGUUAGAGAAUUUGAAAAUUGAUAAGUAA